CGCUGGCCGGCGUCAUACUGAAAUUGAACGUUCUGAAAGUAUAUUUAAAAUGUCUCUUGCGCCUUAUUUCUUCGACUACGACCUACCGCGAUGGCCAAGACGCCUUCUAGACCAAAAUUUCGGCUUAACAUUAACACCAAACGAUUUAUUAACUGCAUCCACAAGUCCUUUACCCAGGCUCAACAGAUUCUGGUGGCCUCGCGAUACCAGCUCGGCGAUUAAAGUUGAUAAAGACAAGUGGUCUAUAAACAUUGAUGUCCAGCAUUUCUCGCCCGACGAAAUAACUGUCAAAACUUCGGAAGGAUGUAUUGUAGUGGAAGGGAAACAUGAAGAAAAACAGGAUGAACAUGGUUUUGUGACGAGGCAUUUCGUGAGGAAAUUCAAGUUGCCACAGGAUUUGAAUAUAGACGCGAUCGAAUCGAGGCUUUCAUCUGAUGGCGUACUUACAGUUUUGGCGCCGAAGAAAGCUGAAAUACAAGAAGGUGAACGGAAUGUUCCGAUUACACAAACUGGACCAGUCAGGAAAGAGAUAAAUAUAGAAGGUAGUGCAGAAGAGAAGGAUAAUAAGCAGGUGUGAUUAUAAAGCAGAUCGGAUGUGUAAUAUUUUAUUGUUUUUGCAUAUUGUAAAGGACUGAGUGAUAAGAAUUAAGACUGGUGUUAUGUAUUGAAAAUGUUUUUAUUAUACAUUAAAUUGCAUAUAUAAUCA